AUGGCAGGAAACAAUUCACCAGACUACAAAGCUCUUUUCUUCAGAGAAAUCGAGCGCACACAUCUUACAACCUUUGACAAAUAUCUUCAAACCUGUCAUGAUUCAUCGUCUCGGUCAUUAAGGGUUGCACAGGCACCCCGCUCUACAAAGGCUUCGUCGACAAUGCCCACGGGAAAACUUUGCCCUACACGGCUUCGUCUUUGGACGGGCUGCCCAGCAAGGCAGCAAGACGUGUACGAUACCGUUCGCAAUUACUUCCGCGCAUCUGAGGCAGAUGCACCGCGGAUAUUUUCACCUAUUAUCGGCCUCGAAAGUUACGAGCGAUUCGGCGUGCAAGACCAUGUGCAUGAUGUGAUUGCGGAGCUGUGUAAAAUCCCAAAUGCUCGAAGCGAAUUCUCGCUGGGAGAUGGGAUCCAGUUCGAAAAUCACGCAAAUACCUUGGAUAAGCUUGAUUCAGAUAUAUCGGGGGAGCUUAAGCCUCCCCACAAGCUCCCAGUGGAAUAUAUUCGGGUAGGGCUCCGCCCAAUGGAAUUCUGGGAGGAGGUCGUUCAACGGGAAGCAGUUCCAACUGACCCCGCUGAGAAAUUAAAAUAUAAUGCUGAACAGUUAACUGGAGCAGUUUUGGCCCAAGAAUAUCAUGUGAUGAUCCAUGAAGGCCUCGACUAUUCCUAUAUAAUAAAUGGUUUCGCCCUUAUCCUUCUUCAUCGCAACGAUGCAAUUCAGCAGCUGCACGCAGGCUGUGCACCUGAGGCAACCGCAUACGACUCAGAACCCACUGAUUCAUCGGACACCGACUUGAACCAAGCACCACCCAGACGCAAGCGGAACCUCAGCCAGAUCACACUCAUCCCCUCCCACUCAGCAACCGCCACGGUCAAGACACACCCACCCCGCAUGCUAGAUGGCCAAUGCCCUAAUGUGGAGCUUCACCGACGAGGCCGAGAGGGCAAGCAUCAUCUUAUUACCGCAGAUUGCCUGGUACAGCUGCUCAAGGAACAGCUGGAUGAAAAUCUUGAUCACAAGUGCACAUCAUUUGGAGACUGUGGUGCAUUUGGAGCACCGUUCAAAAUCACCUGCGCUACAUAUGGCUAUACAGUGGUUGGAAGGGGGACGACGUCCCUCCGCUGGAAUGAGGUCUCUCGCGAAGCAGAUGUAUACCGCAUCCUCAAAAAGGGCUCAGGGGUCUGCAGUCCCUGUGUUUCUUGGAGCGGUCGAUCUGAGAAUGGUCUACUUUCUACAUGGGGGCGGACAGAUACGCCACAUGCUGCUCAUGGCCUGGGGUGGAGGUCUAACAGAGAAAUUCGAGCUUUGGGAGUUAUACAUAAGGACUUUCGUCAUGGAAACGUUUUGUGGAAUGAUGAGCUACAACGGGCCCUAAUCAUUGACUUUCACCGCUCGGAGUUGGAGCGUCGACCGAUAGAGAAGCGAGUGAAACUACGAAAGAGGUCACCGUACAAAGUCGAUCUCCUGGCCCUUUGGAUUGAAGAAGUUUCGAACUUUUAA